AUGGACACAGAAACAAUAAUGAUUCCACAAACUUUUGUAUCUCGCAAAAGCAAGAUCCUUGCCGAGCUCUCAGCGCCAGACGAAGAAUAUUCGGAUCUUUCCCCCAAGGGUUCGGUUGAUGAAGGGAUUCGCGAUCUCAUCCAGGACAUCAACACCUUGCCUGGACUAGUGACUACCAGCAGCUGUGCUGGUCGUAUCAGCGUAUUCUUAGAAGGACGGCGGGGUUCGAAUCCGGCGGAAGAAGCAAACGCGGGCGAAGAAAGGAAAUUCGUUCCCUCUGGGGGCAAGGGAGCCGGCAAAUGGCUGUAUGUCUCACAUGAGCCGAUGGAGACGGAGAAUGGACGCGCGAUUCCCAAGGGCUUCGAGGCGAACAAAGAAAGAAAGUCGUUGCUUGAGGUGUUUGGGAUGGUGGCCGGGGAUGGGAACCCUCCGAGCGUGGAUAAAGAAGGCCACGCCCCACGCCUCGUGCGCUUUCAUUUCGAGCCCAUGAUUCUGCAUAUAAUGACAGCUACCCUCGGGCACGCUCAACCCGUCCUCUCCGCAGCGUCUAGCUCAGGAUUUCGCGAAAGCGGACUUCAAAGUUUACGCUGUCUAGAGGGCGACAAAGCGCCUAGCCCAAUUGUCGCUGUCCGAUCCGCAGGCCUAGCCUUAGAAUCCGUGAUAGGAUAUUACGAAGACGAUGGCCACGGUGGUGAUGACGGUCAAGGCGUUAUUCGCAGCUUGGUAACCGAUGAAUACCUCCAGUUGCUGGUUUCCAUGUCAAACGAACGGUUUUUGACGAACUCGGAGCGAAAGGAAAGAUUUCGGACAGCGCUACUAAGUGCUUAUUCGACAGACCAGUCUGGCGGGAUGAGAACGAAAGGAAAGACGAAGCCUGAUGGGUGGGAGGAUGCAGAGACGCGGAGGGAGAGAAAGAGGGCUGAAGGGCUGGCGAAGAAGAAGUUACUUGAAGAGCAGGCUAAACAGGAGAAUGGUAAGAGUGGAGUUGAGGAUCAUGCAGAACCAGUACGCUCCCUGAAUACAUAG